AAAGAAUAUGCGCCAACAAUUGCACAAAUUGAAGAUCAAUACAUCAAUUCAGAAUUUGAAAUUGAUGAUAUAAAUUUUGAAAUAUUAAGUACAAUAAGAUAUGAUCCAUUAUUAACAGAUUCUGUGGAUCCAAAUAUAUUUGAACCAACAUCUGAUAAUUCCAAAUUGUUUUUCCUUUUCGAUGAACAUUUCCAUCGAUUGAAUUUUACCUUGGAUUUUUUCAAAUUUGGUUUUGAAAUUGAAAGAGAUGAAUUAUUGUUGAAAUUGAAUGAAGUCAUAUCAGGACUUGAUAAAUCAAAUUCUUAUAGAAUAAGGUUGACUGUGAAUAAAGAAGGUGAUGUCAAGAUAACAGCUCAAUUAACUUCACAAAGAUACAAUCUAUUUGAUGGUUUCAAUACAUUAGAAAAUUAUUCUUCACCAUUAUGGAAUAUCUAUAUCGAUACUGAACCUAUUCCAAUUUCACCAUUCACUUCUUUCAAAACUACAAAAAGGGAUCGUUACACUGAAGCUAGAGAGCGUAUGCUGAAACCUAAUUUUGAAGCUCCUCAAGAAGUGUUAUUGUACAAUACAGCUAAUCAAGUCACUGAAGGUUCAAUCACUAAUCUAGCGUUCAAAACAACUGAUUUCAAAACAGGAGAUGAACUUUGGGUAACACCUCCAUUAGCAUCUGGAUGUUUAUGUGGCGUAGUGAGGCAUUUGUUAUUGACAAAGGGAUUGAUUACUGAAAAACAAGUCAAUUUAAAAGAUGUCAGAAUUGGUGAUGAAGUACUAUUGUUUAAUGGUUUACAAGGUGUUGUUAAAGGUAUAGUU